AUGACAACUGUACCCGUACUACCGCUCCUUAAGGGAGAUUAUGUCGGCGGAGAAGAGCCUAACGAGUGGAUGCGCCAACUCGAUCUCAACUUACCAUCCACGUGGAACGACGCACAAAAAGUCGAGUGGUUCAAAAGGCAAUGUGCACCGGGUAGCCUAGCAGAGGCAUGGUACAUGUCAUUAUCGGCGGCACAAACAGCUACGUGGUCCGACCUAGAGACAGCGUUCCUCGUACGCUGGCCACCAGCAAUCCCACUCCAGUUAACCUCAGCCCAGAAGAAGGAACGACUAAAAGCGGUAGUAUUGAAGGAAGCGGACAUAGGAAUGAUGAUAGACGACGAGAGAGGCCAAGAGUGGGGACACGUAAGAUGGGCGAGGCAGGUGCAGAGGCUAGCGCAGAGUUUUGGCGAUAACACUUGCCAGUUUUUGGAUGUGGUGCUCAAUGGAGUUCCAGACUUACUUCGCGAUCAGCUGUCCGACACCUACACUGACUGGGCGGCAUUCCUCACAGGAGUAAACGGAGUAUCGAUCAACCUCCUUGCAAGGGCACGUACACGCGCAGCAGAAGAACAAGCCAUGCGAGAAGACAUUGCUCAGUUGAAGGCUAGGUUGCAACCCCAGCAGCAGGCACCGCAAACACGUUCCUACCCUUCGAACCCGCCGGCAUACAGGCCUUAUCCCCGCCCACCUAACAACCCAGCAACCAUGCCAUCCGCGCCAGCACCAGCCAUGAGCCUACACCAGCAAGUCAAUCAAGGACAACCGAACUUCGCACCCUCCAUGCCCUACCAAGCACCUUCGUAUCAACCCCAACCAUCGACACCUGGGCAAAACCCAUUCGCGCUGACAGGAGCAGUACCGAGCACAAACCUUUUCUACCGUUACCAGCGGUUUCCACAGACUCCGUCUCGAUCGGGUGCAGUAGACAGAAUCCGCAUGGUGGCCCAGUACUCAAUGUUACAGCACUUCCCAGACUCAGAGUCAGGACGAACAGCGUAUUCCCAGCAGGUAAAGGAGUGGCACGAGAAGCACGGAGCAGACACGAUGCCCCACACAGGACGGCCCUACCACCUGAAACCAGGCUCCGCACCCUUGGGGUCGCGGGAGUGUUUCACGUGCGGGAUGAUAACGGUGCCAUCGCACCAAGCAGCUAGCUGUCCCAACGCACCAAUGAUACCGCAGGAAACGAAGUGGAGAGAAAUAGUAUCAGGCCUAGUAGGACGAGCGAUCAGGGGGCAGAACCAGCCAGCAACACCAUCCACAGCAGUACAGUACAUCUCAUCCGCACCAAUGCCACCCAUGAACUACUACGACCCUAUGGGAGCGUACCAGCCGUACACCACCUCAUACGCAGAGCCACAAUACGACUAUUUGGGAAAUGGGACGGGACUACCGCAGUGA